AUUAAAUAUUUUCCUGAUAAAGAGCAAACAGAAGAAGCGAAGGGAAAGAUGGCAUUGAGAAAAAGGUGGUUAGUACUUAGUAAUGGCGACAGGAGCAGGAGUGUGUGUGUGUCUUAGGAAAAAAUAAUAAAAAAAAAAGUAAUUUUGGGGGGAGAGAGAGAGAGAGAGGGUGACGGCGUUAGAUGCAUGUGGAUGUGGGUUUGGAAUAGAGAAAGAGAAAGAGAAAGAGAAAGAGAAAGAGAAGAGUGAGGAGUGAGGAGGAAGAGGUUGUCCUUUACAGACUGUAGUUACUCCCUCGCCCCCACCAACCAACACUCUCUUCUCUUCUCUCUUCAUUUUUAUAAAAUCACAAUUCGCUAACCCUACUCUACUCUACUCUUAUUAUUAUUAUUAUUACUAUGCUACACUUUCUCUUUCUCCUUCUCCACCUAGGGUUCCUCUCUCUACAUGAAUAAUUAACGUUUCUCACUUUCUCUUUCUUUCACUCUCCGAUGAAUAACCUCUUUGUCUUCUUCUUCGCCCUUCUUCUUCUUCUUCUUCUUCUUGCUUCUUCUUCCGCCACCUCCUUCUCCGAGUUCCGAUCCCUACUCGAGUUCAAGAAAGGGAUAACGCAAGAUCCGCUCAAGCUUCUAGAAUCAUGGACCUCCAACUCCGUCGCCGACUCCGCCGCCACGUGUCCGCCGUGGAAGGGCGUCUUCUGCGACGAGGAGACCGGCAACGUAACCGCCGUGGUGCUCGACCGCCUCAGCCUCGGCGGGGAGCUCAAGCUGCACACGCUGCUCGACCUCAGGAUGCUGCGGAACCUCUCACUCGCCGGGAACCACUUCACCGGGAGGCUUCCCCCCGCCUUAGGCUCGCUUACCUCGCUGCAGCACUUGGAUCUCUCCGAUAACAGAUUCUACGGGCCCGUCCCGGCCCGGAUCAGCGAGCUUUGGGCCCUAAAUUACCUCAAUUUGUCUCACAAUAAGUUCAAGGGCGGGUUCCCGAGCGGGCUCGGGAACCUCCAACAGCUUCGGGUUCUCGAUUUGCGCGCCAACGAGCUAUGGGCCGAAAUUGGGGAGGUGCUCUCCACGCUCCGCAACGUGGAGCGCGUGGAUAUGAGCCUGAAUCAGUUCUUCGGCGGGCUUUCGCUCUCGGCUGAGAAUGUUUCGGGCUUGGCGAACACUGUGCAUUUUCUGAACUUGAGUUAUAACAACUUGAAUGGGCCCUUCUUUGACGGAAGUGCUGUUAGUUUGUUUCGCAACUUGCAGGUUUUGGACUUGAGUAAUAACUCUGUUUCGGGGGAGCUUCCUUCUUUUCAGUCUUUGCCCUCGCUUCGCGUUUUGAGGCUUCGCGGGAAUCAGUUGUUUGGGUCUGUGCCGGAGGAGCUGUUGCAGACGGACCUGCAGAUGGAAGAGGUGGAUCUUAGUGUCAAUGGGUUUACUGGUUCAAUUGCUGUAAUCAACUCAACAACUUUAAAUAUUUUGAAUCUUUCAUCCAAUAGUUUAUCAGGCUUAUUGCCAACAUCUUUGAGUAGAUGUUCGGUCAUUGACUUGAGCAGGAAUAUGUUAUCUGGUGACAUUUCUGUUAUACAGAACUGGGAAGCCCCUUUAGAGGUUAUUGAUCUGAGUUCAAACAAGCUGUCAGGAUCAUUGCCUCCUAGUUUAGGAACCUAUUCAAAACUGUUUACCGUUGACUUAAGUUUAAAUGAACUUAAUGGAUCGAUUCCUCGGGGCUUAGUUACUUCACCGUCAGUGACAAGACUAAAUCUUUCUGGAAAUCAACUUUCAGGGCCACUUCUGCUUCAAGGUUCAGGAGCCAGUGAAUUACUACUUAUGCCUCCUUAUCAACCAAUGGAAUAUCUUGAUGUGUCUAAUAACUCAUUAGAAGGUGUCUUGCCUUCUGAAAUAGGUAGGAUGGGUGGGCUCAAACUGCUGAAUCUGGCAAGGAAUGGCUUUUCAGGGCAGCUGCCAAAUGAAUUGAACAAACUUAAUUAUUUGGAGUACCUUGAUUUGUCUGACAACAAAUUUACUGGAAAUAUUCCUGAUAAGCUUUCAUCUAGCUUAACUGAAUUUAAUGUGUCCAAUAAUGAUCUAUCUGGUCGUGUUCCUGAAAAUUUGCGGCAGUUCUCUCCUUCAUCGUUUCGCCCUGGAAAUGGAAAGCUAAUGUUACCAAAUGACUCUCCUGAAGCUUCUUCGGUGUCUGAUAACAUUCCAGAUAAUGGUAGACAUCAUAGUUCAAAGGGUAAUAUCAGGAUAGCAAUUAUUCUUGCCUCAGUGGGUGCUGCUGUUAUGAUUGCUUUUGUCUUAUUGGCUUAUCAUCGAACACAAUUAAAAGAAUUUCAUGGAAGAAGUGAGUUCACUGGCCAAAACACCAGAAGAGAUGUGAAGUUGGGAGGACUUACGAGGUCUUCCCUCUUCAAGUUCAAUACAAAUGUUCAACCCCCAACAACUUCAUUGAGCUUUUCAAAUGACCACCUGUUGACUUCCAAUUCGAGGUCACUCUCUGGUGUACAGUCAGAGUUUGUAACUGAAAUUUCUGAGCAUGGCUUACCUCAGGGAAUGGUGGCUACUAGUUCAGCACCUGUAACUCCUAGUUUGAUGGAUAACCCUCCGACUUCAUCUGGAACGAAGUCUUCUCCAGGUUCCCCAUUGUCGUCCUCACCCCGUUUUAUUGAGGCUUGUGAAAAGCCAGUGAUGUUGGAUGUUUACUCACCAGAUCGGCUGGCUGGGGAACUGUUUUUCCUGGAGUCUUCCCUAGCAUUCACUGCAGAGGAAUUAUCUCGAGCUCCAGCUGAAGUUCUUGGCAGAAGUAGCCAUGGCACUUUAUACAAAGCAACUCUGGACAGUGGUCAUAUGUUGACUGUAAAAUGGUUACGAGUGGGAUUGGUCAAACAUAAAAAGGAAUUUGCUAGAGAAGUUAAAAGGAUUGGUUCUAUGAGGCAUCCAAACGUUGUCCCAUUACUAGCAUACUAUUGGGGGCCUCGGGAACAAGAGAGGCUUCUUUUGGCUGACUAUAUACAUGGGGACAGCUUGGCCCUUCAUCUCUAUGAGAGCACACCCCGGAGGCACUCCCCAUUAUCAUUCAGCCAGAGAAUAAGAGUUGCUGUUGAUGUUGCUAAAUGUCUUCUAUACCUUCACGAUCGAGGACUUCCCCAUGGAAAUCUAAAGCCAACAAAUAUACUGUUAGCAGCACCCGAUUACAAUGCUCGUCUUACUGACUACGGUCUGCACCGGCUGAUGACACCGGCUGGAAUUGCAGAGCAGAUACUAAAUCUUGGAGCACUUGGAUACCGUGCUCCCGAACUUGCUACUGCAUCCAAACCAGUUCCAUCCUUUAAGGCUGAUGUGUAUGCGCUUGGUGUGAUCCUAAUGGAAUUGUUAACAAGAAAAAGUGCAGGUGACAUAAUAUCAGGGCAAUCAGGUGCUGUGGAUCUUACAGAUUGGGUUAGGCUGUGUGAGCGGGAAGGAAGGGUAAUGGACUGUAUUGACAGAGACAUUGCCGGAGGGGAAGAAUCCUCCAAAGAGAUGGAUGAACUGCUCGCAAUAUCUCUCAGGUGUAUUCUCCCUGUAAAUGAGAGGCCUAACAUCAGACAAGUUUUUGAGGAUCUCUGUUCAAUAUCCGUUUGAAAUUUUUGUACAUGCGUCUGGGAAUUAGUUUUUUAUUUUUGGUUCCUCGACCCAUUGUUAUUUUCUCAUUCUUUGUACCCAUCUCGUCUCCCCUCCUUAAUUGGUUUCUGGCCUUAUUUUGGGCUAAUCAUCAUAUUCUUUUCUUUUGUUAGAAAAAGAAAAUCAGUAUUUCUUGUAAAGCGACAGUCAUUGAUUAAUCGACAGUGUUUGUGUUUUGAUUUGAAA